AUGAUGUCUAUUUGGGGGAAUUUCCUUUCACACUUCAUACUGACACUGCUGUGUGUUCCUCUUUUUCUUACCCCUGCAUCAUUGGCCCAUUUUCUGAAAAACUGCAGCAUUGAUUAUCAGAGAAAUCCUACUGAUGACCUUAUACUGGAAUGUGGAAACAGUAAACUUGUGACUAUUCCUGAUGACCUUCCCAAAAAUGCUGUUUCAGUGAAUCUCUUAAACAAUAAGCUUACGUGGAUCAAAAAAGAAGAUUUUGGCGGUUUGACAAAGUUGAGACACCUAAAUUUACAGCAUAAUGACAUUGCUCGUGUGGACAGUGGAUCUUUCAGUGAUUUGGAGACAUUGAAAAGGCUCCACAUUAGCAGCAAUAAGAUCACCAAUCUGACAUGUGACAUUUUUCAGGGCUUGUCCAAUCUUACUGAACUUUUAUUAGACAGGAAUGAGAUACAAGUUAUUCCAGCCUGUGCCUUGCGAUUUUUAACCAGUUUACUAUCCCUGGAUUUAAGUUCUAAUAUGAUCCAACAAGUCACUGACAUCCAGCCUGUCCUCCAGCUCUCACAACUACAGAUACUUAAUAUUAGGUUGAAUCAAUUAUCUUCAUUUGAAACUAAGGAUCUGCUACUUAAUGAGUCCUCAAACCUUAGAGUGUUGGAUGUUUCUUUUAAUAAGCUGGAGAAGUUCAGCAUCACAACACCGAUCUUUCCCUAUCUUCAGAGGAUAGAUCUGUCUCAAAUUGGAGGACACUCAGGCCUAGUAUGGGACAUAACGAACAAGACUUUGCUGGAAAACAUAACACAGCUGUAUCUAAACAGGCCUCUGAUUUCCUUUAAAGGGAUACAAACAAUCCUGCACAGUCUGGACUCUCUGACGCAUCUCAGACUGAAUUACAUGGAUGAGCUGAUCAAGAAAGGACUAUUAAGUCAAGUAUGCAAAAUACCAACACUGAGGCAGCUGGAUGUUUUUUUUAACAAUUUCUCCUUUACUAGUAUAAAACUGUCACCCUGUUCUGGGCUCAGGAGGCUUGACCUAUCCUUAACAAGUAUGAGUGAACUGCCAAAAGGUUCAAUACAAUCAAUGAAGCAGCUGCAGUUCCUGAGUUUGGAGGGAAACUUUCUCAGGAAGGUCCCAGAUGACAUUAGAAGCCUUGGCUCCCUUCAGAUCUUGCGACUGAACAGCAACAUCAUUUCCAGAUUGUCCUGUGAAGAUUUUUUUAAAACAAUACAUCUUAGAGAGCUGACCCUAAGCAAUAACCACAUUUCCAAACUGGACAAGUGUGUCUUUAAAAAUCUUUCAAAUCUUACGUUUUUAGAUCUUAGUGACAAUCUGAUAUGGACAAUUGAAAGUGCCUUUCAAACUGCACUCCAUCAGCUAGAGGUCUUGAAUAUUAGCCAAAACACUAUCAACAUUAUAGAAGGGGGAGAUUUUAGAGGUUUGCGGUCCUUACAACAUCUAGAUGUUGUGUCAGAUAAGAUUUUAAGGGUGUAUCCUGAAGCUUUUGAUGGACUAAUUAACCUGCAAACUCUUGCUGUUUCUCUUGCCCUUGAAUAUGAACCUAAGUUUUGCAAAUUACAGCACUUAGAAAAUCUUACAAUCUUGUUCAGUAUUCCUGACACUUGGAAAAGUUCCUAUCGGAACAAUUACAAAACCUGCUUGAAAUCGUUGAGAAGCUUCACAGUCAUCUGCAAUGGUUAUCACUAUGGCUUCCCUCUUGAUGUGGAAUCUGAAAUGCUAAAGGACAUGAAAGACAUAGAGGAAUUCACAGCCGUGAAUAUUUAUGUUCAAGCCCCAAAAAAGGACACAUUUGAGUUCAAUCACCAGCUCAAGAGUCUGACAAUCAUGAAAACAGAUUUGUCAGAUUUGGAUCCUGAACUUUUUCAUUCAAUUCCACACCUGCAGGUGCUGACUUUAUCCGAGUGUGGGCUCACCUCUUUGGAUUUUGUGAUCCGGGCCAACCUCACUGCUCUCAGAUAUCUGAAACUCAGUGACAAUGAAAUAGCUGUAAUCAACGAGACAGUUUUCCAGUCCUUGCCUGCUCUAACAUACUUGGACGUGGCCAAUAACCCGUUCACCUGUGAUUGCUCAAAUGCUGGCUUCAUCCACUGGGUAAGGACCAACCAGCAAACGCUGGUUGUAAAUGCUCAUCAGUAUACAUGUUCUUUUCCAGUGGACAGUCGAGGAAGCAUGCUGCUAGACUUCGAUAUCCAGCUCUGCUGGGGAAGCGAUAGCUUCCUCUGCUUCAUUUUCAGCUUUUGUCUUGUUGUCGCCACGCUUCUGGCAUCCUUCAUUUACCGAUUCAUGAGGUGGCAGAUAUCUUAUUCAGCCCAGCUCUUCCUAGCCUUCCUUUACAACAGCAGAAAGAAGAUGAAGGAAUGUUCUCCUCAGUUUGAUGCCUUUGUCUCUUACAAUACCCACGAUGAAGACUGGGUUUACCAAGUGAUGCUUCCAGAACUGGAGGAAGAGCAGGGGUUGAGACUCUGUCUGCACCACAGGGACUUCCAGCCAGGCAAACCUAUCAUAGAUAACAUCACAGAUGCCAUAUAUGGCAGCAGGAAGACCAUCUGUGUGAUCAGCCGUCACUACCUGCAGAGUGAGUGGUGCUCUAGAGAGAUCCAGAUGGCCAGUUUCCGUUUGUUUGAUGAGAAGAAGGACGUGUUGAUUCUGCUGUUUCUGGAGGAGAUCCAUUCUUAUGAGCUGUCUCCAUACUAUCGCAUGAGGAAAAUGUUGAAGAAGCGUACAUACUUCAACUGGCCUCAGGCUGUACAACACCCUCGAGUCUUCUGGCAAAACCUCAAGAGAGCCCUGCAAACAGCAGAAGAAGCAACUGAGAAUGAAAAUCUGCUGACUGGACCAAGAAAUUGA